AUGGCCGUGGUCGUGGCCGCGGUGGAGCCAACCAGCACUCCCGCCCCUGCUGCAGAAGGCGACACGAGCAACGUGCUCCUCGGUAAGUCCGUAGUGUCCAGUCUCCUCGUGGCCACGGGCUUCAGCGAGGCGUGUGUGGCCGAAGCCCUGGACAGCUGCGCACCCGCCUCCGUGCAGCGCCCAACGCCGCCGAACCCGCUGGUGCAGGAGGCGAGAGAGCUGCUGCAGGAGGUGCGUCAAGUCGUGCGUCACUACGACAACCGACCGCGUCACUGCAAGGACCUGCUGGACGGCGGGGAUAGCGGCAAGGGCCUUCGCCACGUGUACCCCUUCCCUGGGCAGCCCCAGCGCCGCGCGGCAGUGUACUGCGACCAAACGACUGACGGAGGGGGCUGGACGGUGUUCCAGAGACGCACAAAUCUCACCGUCCGGGAAGAUUUUAACCGGACCUGGCGAGAAUAUGACUUGGGUUUCGGCCAUCUCGAAGGCGAGUUCUGGCUGGGCCUGGACCUGCUGCACGGACUGACAUCGACGGCCCUUCAGGAACUGCGCAUCGACAUGGCGGAUUGGGACGACGUAAAACGGUACGCAAAGUACGGCUUCUUCUACGUCGGCCCUCCAAGCACCAAAUACAACCUCACUGUUGAAAGGUGA